AUGCUCAGGCGCUACAGUGCGCUGGCGGUCGCCGCCUGCUUCGCUAUUCACAUCCUCUCGUCUAGUGCGUUUAGAUGCGAUGUGCGCAUGCGCAUUGAUUCUGGGUGGGUAUGCGGCCUGCGCAGACGUGGAGAGUACAACACUGAGUACGCGAGCUUCCGGGGAAUUCCGUACGGCCAGCAACCCCUGGGGGAGCUGCGCUUCAAGGAGCUCCAGCCAGUGAGACCUUGGCCUCACAAUUUAGAUGCCACAGAGGAAGGCCCCAUAUGCCCUCAGCACGACGAGCUGUACGGACGUAUGAUGGCCCCCAAACGGGGUAUGAGUGAGUCUUGUAUCUACGCCAACGUCCAUGUACCCUUGGAAGCUCUUCCAGACUUAGAAAGUGCUGACGAAUUCGAAUACAAAGACUGUGACAAUUAUAGAAACAAGAAAGGUGUUCCUAUAUUAGUUUUCAUUCAUGGCGGAGGCUUUCAGUCGGGAUCCGGAGACACUGACCUUCACGGACCAGAGUAUCUCGUAAGCAAGGGGAUAAUUGUGAUAACUUUCAACUAUAGGAUCAACGUGUUUGGCUUUCUCUCGCUAAAUACUCCCAAGAUCCCUGGCAAUGCGGGCCUCAGAGACCAGGUGACGUUGCUGCGCUGGGUGCAGCGAAAUGCGAGAGCUUUUGGCGGAGACCCGAGCGAUGUAACGCUAGCAGGGCAGAGCGCCGGGGCCAGCUGCGCACAUUUACUGUCUCUGUCAAAUGUCACCAAGGGACUGUUUAAAAGGGUUAUUUUAAUGAGUGGCUCAGCUAUACCGGCUUAUUAUACAGUUUCACCGAUUUAUGCAAAACAAGCUGCUACUAGAUUUCUAACAAUCUUAGGGAUCAACUCCACGGACCCGGACCUCGUCCAUGAGCAACUUGUUAGAACUCCACUUGAGGACAUUUUAAAUGCUAACACCGUGUUCCAACACGAGAGCGGGCUGGUCUCCUUUGUACCAGUGAGGGAAGACGAAUUACCAGAUUAUGAGAGAAUUGUAGACGAUUAUCCAAUCAAACUCAUAGAGCAAGGCCGGGGGAAAGAAUAUCCCAUGAUAGUCGGUUUCACCAACAACGAGUGUGAAUUUUUCAAAAGAAGAUUUUUAAAAAUAGAUGCUUUGGGUCGUAUAAAAGCGAACCCACUUGGUAUUUUAAGACUUGAGAUUCCAUUUACAACGCUGCCUAAUGUAGCACUCGCACUGGCCAACAAAGUGAUUGACUGGUACUUCCGUGGGAAAUUAAAUAUUAAGGACUAUUUAGAAGUCUGCCGAGACACAUUGUUUAUGUAUCCAGCAUUUAAAGUAUCCGAAUGGAGGGCUAAAAUGCACGACGCGGCGCCAGUCUACCUGUACCAGUUCGCUUACGAGGCUGACUUCAGCGCGGUAAAGGCAGGUCUCAACCUGGAGUACAACGGCACAGCUCACGUUGAAGAUCUCACCAACAUUUUCCGAGAAAAUGCUCUUCUCGAUGACAGGCAAUCUUUCCCUCCAGUAAAUAGGGACGACUCGAUGAAGGAUUGGAUGACUCAAUUUGUGAUUGAAUUCAUGAAUUGCGAUAAGCCGACCUGUUCCGAGUGGGGCUGGUAUCCAGUGCAGGCAGACCAUCUAAACUAUCAGAACAUCCAGGAGCCUACAGUAUACGACAACGUAGUGCCUACUAAGUGUCAAGGACAGAUAAUCAAGUUCUUCGACAUGAUCGAACAAAUUGCGAGGAACUCCUCACUGGAUACUUCCAUAAUGACAACCUGAUAGAGAACUAAAGCAGAGACGGGC